UACCUGAACGCGGCACUCAUUGAAACUAGCCCGGACUUGUGGGUAGAAAGCUACAGAGCUCGCAGCAGCACUAAUGGCGGAGUGGAACGCCUUCUACCGCAACGAGGAUGAGGAGGAGGAGCAGGAGGAAGGGGAGCAGUCCGGAGAAAGUUACAGAAUCACUGGAAGAGACAGUCUGGUGUUUCUGGUUGAUGCCUCCAAGGAAAUGUUCAUCAAAGGGGAAGAUGGUCAGCCCUCCAACUUUGACAUGACCAUGCAGGUUGUGCGCAGUGUGUACAUGAGUAAGAUCAUCAGUAGUCACAGGGACCUGGUUGCUCUGGUUUUCUACGGCACAGAGCAGAGCAAAAACCCCAGGAACUCAUUCAAGCACGUCUAUGUGUACCACGACCUCGAUGAGCCCGGUGCAAAGCGAGUCCAGGACAUAGAUUCUCUGCGGGGGGAAAAAGGCGCCCAGCUUGCAGCAGAGACUAUGGGCAGUGGGGAAACAUCACUAGGUGACGCCUUGUGGUGCUGCGCAAACCUCUACAGUGACAUCAAACUUCGCCUCUCACACAAGCGGCUCAUGAUCUUCACCUGCAGGGACGAACCACACGGAGGCGACAGUGUGAAGGACCGACAGGCUCGAACAAAGGCCGGUGAUCUCAAGGAGACUGGUGUUGUUAUUGAUUUAAUGCACCUGAUGAAACCGGGCGGCUUCAAUGUCUCGCUCUUCUUUUGUGACGUUAUAAGUCCACCGGAGGAUGAGAGUGAGUUGGGGCUGCAGGAGGAGCCUUGUGAAAAACUGGAUGACCUCCAGAAACGGGUCCGGGCGAAGGAGCAGAAGAAGAGAGCCAUGGCCAGGUUAAACUUGUGUCUUGGUGAGGGCUUAAAUGUAGCUGUGGGAAUUUAUGCAACUGCUGUGACGGCUCGGAAACCAAGUGCCAUCAAACUUUACAGGGAAACAAACGAACCGGUCCGCAGCAAAACUCGCACCUUCCACACCCAGACUGGCAGUCUGCUGCUGCCCAGUGAGAUAAAGAAAGCCCAGGUGUAUGGUAAAAAACAGAUAGUGAUGGAGAGGGAUGAGGUGGAUGCCAUCAAGAAGUUUGAUGACCCUGGACUGCUUCUGAUUGGAUUCAAACCUAUGGAAAAGCUCAAACUGCACCACCAUAUCCAGCCUGCCGUCUUCCUCUAUCCUGAGGAGGAUCAAGUGAAAGGUAGUGCGUGUCUGUUCUCUGCCCUGUUGAAGAAGUGCAGCGAGAGGAAUGUUUUUGCUCUGUGUCGUUGCAUCGCCCGCCGAAACUACCCGCCUCGAUUUGCUGCUUUGGUGCCUCAGCAUGAGGAGGUUGAUGAGGGAAAUGCACAGAUUACACCGCCAGGUUUCAAUGUCAUUUACCUACCGUAUGCUGAUGACUUCCGGACUCUGGAUCCUCCUCACUACCCGGCAGCCUCACAAGUACAGGUGGACAAGAUGAAGGAGAUCAUCUCCAAGCUCCGCUUCAAAUACAGGAGUGAUGCUUUUGAGAACCCCGUCAUCCAGCAGCACUACAGGAACCUGGAGGCCCUGGCUCUAGAUAUGAUGGCUCCAGAGGACAUAGAGGACCUCAUCAUGCCAAAAGUGGAGCAGAUCGAUAGCCGUCUGGGUCCUUUAGUCGACGAGUUUAAGGAUCUAGUUUACCCUGAGAACUACAACCCAGAGAGCAAACCAGCUGCUAAGCGUAAAACAGCUGACAGUGGAGGUGGAGCCGAGAAGAAGCCCAAAGUGGAGGUGACAGAAGACGAGCUGAAGGUCCACGUGCAGAACGGCACUCUGGCUAAGCUGACCGUUCCCGUGCUGAAGGAGGCCUGUAAGCAGUUUGGGGUUCGGACCGCUGGGACCAAGAAGCAGGAGCUGAUAGAUGCUCUGGUUGCCCGACUGGGCUCAUGAGGAGCUGGUGUUAAACUCACUGUUUAUCCGCUUUGAUCAAACUUUGUAAUCCUUUUGAAACGCAAGUACUCAGUUAUGAUUUGAGGGUCUUGUUUUUGUUUUACACUCACUGUAUGCCUAUAAAUUAUGGGAUGGACAAGACGCUGUGUUCAUUGUGCAACAGAAACAUUUGGUUGAUAAGACUCAGUGAAGAUUCACAUUACCAUUUAUUUUUGAAUUAAAAAAAAAAAAAAAAAAAGACUCAAAUAGUUCAUGUAGAUCAACUAGUUCAAGAUUCUAAAGAAGUCCGAAGACAAUGAAAACAUGGUUGUAUAAAUUGUGUAACUUUUGAUGGUACUAUUGUAUUCGCAUAUAAUAAAACUUCUGAUAACCUUU